AUGCAUAACUUAGAAUGUGAACCCAUCAUCAUAGACACUGGUGACAGUGAAGUUUUCCAGAAACCCAUUACCACUGACAUUGGUGAAAGUGAAGAGGAACAGGAGUUUAUCCCUAUUGAAGUUGUACCACUUAUAGAUGAAGGUGACAGCCCUCAAAAAUAACCUGGUCUACACAGCUAAAGAACUAUUUGCAGAUUCAAAAGUGGAAGAAUUGGAGGAGGUGGCUUAGCAAUCUACGUCCAUGGAUGAAGUUACUGAGUUUAUGCUGGACAAACUUGGUACUGAAGAAGAUGAAAGUGCGUCUUUAGAAGAUCUUAUUACAAUUUAUUAUUAUUAAUAAUAAUCCUUACAAAUAAAUAAUCAUACAAAAAUAACCCUCCCACAUCUAGCAAAGCUAUUCGAGGUGGGGGGGGGGGAGGUUAAUAUAAUCAACCAAUCUGUCACAAGAAAAAUAACCAUCAAGCUCUAUAGCAGAACUGACUGCUACAGAUAUAUACCUCCAAAGUCGGUCUUACUAUUAAUGAAAUUUAAAUGAAAGUAAUAAACCAGAAAAGAAAAGCACUCAUACAAACAAUUGUUGAACAAUUGAUAAAUUAAUAAACCUCAAUCGAACAAGAACUACAUGAAUGUAUCAGAUACUGUUUGCAUUAUAGUCGUCAGAAGAAGAAAGAGCAUCAAAAAGUAUACUCUUGCAUCCUUUAGAAAAACUGGAUUUACUCUGUCUACGAACUGAAGGUGGCAAACUAUUCCAUACUUUUACGCCAAUUCUAGAAAAAGAUUUAGCUCGGACAUUUAGUCUUGAAGAAGGUAGAUAAAGAUUCCCUCGGGCUGCAGACCUAGUGCUAUAAUUAUGUGUAUCAGUUAUGCUAUUAAAUAAUGAUGCAAUAUUAACAGGUGACUCAUUGUUAAUAAUGUUAUGCAUAGUGCACGCAAUAUUUAAAAAAUAAAGAAAAUCUAGUGGAAGAAUAUUUGAUUUAAUAAAGAAGGGUAUCGCAUGAUCUCUAUAACCUCCAAAGUUUAUUAAACGAACAACUCAUUUUUGUAACACAAGAAGUUGAUUGAGAUCUUGUUUGCAAGCUUGUCCCCAAACAUUAUAGCAUAAUAAAUCCUUUCCAAAGUAUGCUUAGGAGUAAAAUUUGUAAUUCUAGCGAUGAUUCCAACAAUCCGACUUAGCUUAAGGGAAAUGUAAUCAAUAUGAGAUUUCCAAGAUAAAUUGGCAUCAAUCAUCAGACCAAGGUAUUUCACUGUAUUUUUCCUCUCUAAUGGUAGCAUCAUUUUAGAGCUCUGAUCAAAUACUUUGAGUUGAGGCACAUAAUCUAUCUUUUUCUACCUUAUAUGGAAAAUAACAAAAUUAGAUUUCCUAAUGUUAAGGGUCAACUUGUUAGCUUCAAGCCAACAGCAAACCUUCUUUAGUUCAUUAUUAACAAUUUCGUCCAAUUUUCGAAGAUUUUUAUGAGAGUAAAGUAUGCUAGUGUCGUCCGCGAACAAAUAGAAAUGUAAUUUAUUGGAUGAUAAAUAAAUGUCGUUCACAUAUAAAAAAGCAAGGGUCCUAGAACAGAUCCUUGAGGAACUACAUGGGAACAUUUUUCCUUUUUGGAUAUGAAAUCACAUAUAGCUGUUGUUUGAUACCUAUUGUUUAGGUAUGAUCCAAACCAUUCAAGUACAAUACCUCGAAUACCAUAAUGAUUAAGCUUUCUUAGUAAAAUAUGAUGAUCGACAGUGUCAAACGCUUUUUUUUAAAUCAAUAAAAAUACAGCAGGUAAAUUUCCUAUUGUCCAUAUUUUUGUGGAUUUGAUCAACAAUAUCAAUAACAGCAUACUGAGUUGAGUAAUGUUUCCUAAAGCCAUACUGCACAGGAAAUAGCAAGUUUUGUGUAUCUAUAAAGUCAUUUAAUCUAAGGUACAUAACUUUCUCAAAGAUUCGAUUGAACACAGACAACAAGGAGAUAGGUCUAUAAUUAUCCGGUUCAGACUGGUCUCCAGACUUGAAAAUAGGAACAAUUUUGCCAUUUUCAAUUUGCUUGGAUACACACCUUGUUUGAUAGACAUGUUAAUAAUCAUUGCUAAGACAGGACUAAUGGGAUUUUGAUAGCUUAAGCAAAAAGUCGGAAAGGAGUAAAGACCAUAAGUCUUAUUUCCUGGUAUACUAGAUAUUUGUUCUUGAACCUCAUAGACAGAAACAGCAUUGAAAAAGAAAGAUUCAUUAACAGUGUCCCCAGAUAUGAUGAGAAUAAAUUAUCAGGUGAUGAGAACCUACUAGCUAGUUUUUGCCCUAUAGUAGCAAAAUGA